CGGAUUGAAAGCAUCACUUGUCGACCAGAGCAAGAGUCAGAGAUAUCCCGAUAAACUAAAAUCAACCAAAAAUGAAACUAUUUGGAAUUAUUGUACUUCUGGCUGCGGCCUCUUCUGCAGCAAUCCUUAAGGACACUCGAGAAACUGGACCGCCUUGUCCGAUCCCUGAUCCACUCAAUUCGCCUGCCAAACCGAUCAAUGCCACACUCGAUCCCUUGUUCCGAAUUGAUAUGGGCAGUUCUCGCGGUGACCUACUUGCCACCGGAUUGUCUGGGCUCUCGUACGAGUACACCAUAAUUCUGAUUACUUUGACCUUGGACUUUCACCUCACUUUACCCUCAGUUCAUCUAUCGGGCGAAUAUGACGCGACCGGGUACUUGGACGCACGCCCAUUUUCACAAGCUUGCGUUCCAUCCGGAAACUAUUCAGGAAAUGGAUCCGCAUUUUUGGACGCUUCACAAGUAGAACUUGACAUCCGCGUCGUCCUUUUCGCCAACCUCAUCACGAACAAGCUUUCCAUUCGAACCUUGACCAUUAACACGUUGUCGUUUGGGGGUGACGUGUCAAUGUCGUUUGGUCCAAAUUGGCUCAUUGGUGGAUCGCCGGUCGAAUGGGAGUCUUGGUCGGCAGGACUCAAGGCUUGUUUCGAUGCAGAGUUUGCUGCUAACAAGGCCGCAAUAACGGAGAAGAUUAGGCUGGCUGGGAACGGAUGGAUUGGGCAAUACACGAUCGAUGAACUGCUUGAAUUAAUUGGUGGUGGGGGUGGCCCGUGUCCAACACCAAGUUAUUAAUUGAUAGAUUUGGCAAUCGUGACGAAAUAAAUUAUAAUGCAACAAUUUACAUAGCUGUUCCAUUCUUGAUUCGAAAUAAACGCUAAUAAUUUUAACAGUGUGUGAAUUUAUGCUACAAA